GACUACAUUCCAUGUGAGCAUCCACACACACGACAAAACCAUAAUAGUCCUCAAGAGAACAUCCACACACACGACAAAACCAUAAUAGUCCUCAAGAGAACAUCCACACACACGACAAAACCAUAAUAGUCCUCAAGAGAACAUCCACACACACGACAAAACCAUAAUAGUCCUCAAGAGAAAGAACAACACUUUCACUUUCAUAUGGAUCGCACCUGCGGGCGAUGGCUGACCAAGGAAUAUCAACUCCCAGUAUAAUAGGCAUAGUCACUAUAUUCUGUUGCAUUUAUGGCGGACAAUUCGUCAAUGCAGCUGGACCGUCCACCACCCGUUAUGUCAUCACAAAUGGCAAUGUCAUUAUCAACCCUGGGAUCCGUGGUGGAGUUCUACAGGAGAUCCUCUGGAAACAAGGUGUAAAUAAGGCGGUGGAAUGGGACACUGCCGGGAUACAGGAAUUUCGUGAUUUUAAAGGGAGGACAUCCUUGAACACCACGACUGGAGAAAUCACAAUCAGACAGCUGACCAAGCAGCUCAGCGGGGUGUAUGAGGCAGAGUGUAUGAUUGGUGUGGAAAUACAGACCUUUCAGCAGAGAGUGGAAGUCAUUGACCCAGUAUCACAACCUGAAGUCACCUGUGAAUUGAACGGUACCAUGGCAACAAUUCACUGCAGUGCUGAGGGUCCACUGGUGGAGUUUCGCUGGUCUUGGUCUGACCACCAGGGGGAGAUGUGGAGCCAGGAGCAGACUGGACAGCACUACAACAUCAAAUCCCCAAAGUCAGUCAGCUACACCUGUGAGGCCAGGAACCCAGUCAGUGAGAAGACACAGACAUACAACAGCAACGACUGCCUGGCCACAGGUAAUCCUGAGAUCUACAUCUACACUGGUAUUGGUGCAGGUGUCUUGUUGUUGGUUGCUGUUGUGGUUGCUGUUGUGGUCUGGCUCAUCAAGAAGCGUUCCAAAGAUUUGCGGAGCACAGGGAAUGCCAGCCAUCCUGAAGAGGAUCGAGAGAAGGCGGUGGCAAUCAGCCAGGCAGAGAUUGUGGAAGAGGAGAAAAAGCUAUUACUAGAUGAAGAACUCACUCAGAACACAAGUGUAAAGGAUAGGGUCAAUCAGAUCAACCAGAACAGUGAGGCUGUGAAAACUGGAGAUGGUGAGGGAGAGAAGAAACCAUUACUAGACAAGACAGGAUCCACUGAUACAGAUGUUAUUGUGAGUAAUAUCCCGUUCAAACUGAACAACCAGAAUCAGGUGUGGGGUGGGGAGUCCGGAAAGAAACGGAGGGAAGAAAAAGAGCAGAACGCAGAAUCCAAACAGAACAUGAACUUUACCUUGGGGAGUGUACCAGGGGAUACCGGCCAAACUGCUCCUCCGAAGCCACCUCGGAGCAGCCUUAACUAUAAUUUACCGUACCCACAGAUCCUGGAGACACAGCACAGCAGAGAGCAUCAUGGGAGAGGACCUGACCAAAGCAUGAGUGAUAAUGGCACAGAGAGAGAUGGAGAGGGAGAUGGACAGCUUAUGUCCCAAAAAACCUUAGACACAGGGAAGGAGAGCGGAGGAAAGGAGGCGGGGACAAGAGAGGAGGAAGAGCACGUUGAGAAAGAGAAGGUAGUAGAAGAUGAUUUAGUGAGAGUGGAGGGAGAGCACGUUGAGAAAGAGAAGGUAGUAGGAGAUGAUUCAGUGAGAGUGGAGGGAGAGCACGUUGAGAAAGAGAAGGUAGUAGAAGAUGAUUUAGUGAGAGUGGAGGGAGAGCACGUUGAGAAAGAGAAGGUAGUAGGAGAUGAUUUAGUGAGAGUGGAGGGAGAGGGACAAGAAGAGACAGAUAGAAGAGGUGAUGGAGGAGAAAAAAAGGGACAGGAGAGAGAGAUGGAAAAUAAUGAAGAAGAGCAGAUGAAAGGAGAGGGAGAAGAAAGGAGAGAAGGGAGAGGAAGGAAAGAGCCCAACUUCUCCCAAACAACCACUCCCCUGCAAAGUCACCCGACCACCUCUCGCCCCAAAACCAUCAUCUAUAAGACAUGGCAACCAGAUGGGUGUAGAACAAGGAAGUGUAGUGAAGACAAUGGAAACCCAGAGGAUUGGUAGUCACACAGACAGAGAGAGAGGAAGACCUGACCUACCAGGUCUGAGGAGACCCACAAGCUCAGUGUCAGACAGUACAGACACUCCUGAUAGAAACAGUCCAGGAUUGUCAGCUGUUUCUAUAGCCACAGAAUUUAGUCCAAAGGUGGGCAUUGGUACUCUAUCCAAUCCAGGAAAGGACAUUCUAGGUGCACCCUGCGGAGCAGUAGAUACCAUUUCAGAUACAUGUACAGCAAUAGAGAGUAGCUCAGAUACUCUGUCUACUACAGAGGAAAAUGUACCAACAGAGACCAGUAAAGCUACAGCCUCUGUACCAGGAGAAACCAGUUGAAAAGCACUUGUUGAAAUAUUCUUUUUUAACAAAAAUGUUAGGCUCUGUACGGGGAUGUUUUGUUUCUCUUAUAUUUAGACAAUUCUUUUCAAGUGUAUUUAAAACCAAAUUCCUUUCGACUUUUACUUUAGUCAUUUUCAAUUAAAGUAUCUUUACUUUUAGUCAAGUAUGACUUUUGGGUACUUUUUCACCACUGUAUUAUAGCACAUCAACAUAAUGUAUUGUGUUGGUACAGUAUACAGUACAUUUUUUAUACCAACAUACAUUUUGUAUUUUUAGGUGCAUUUUAUAAAGAAAAACAUUUCAUUAAGAGCUUACUUGAUCCUUUACAUGGUGUGAGGGCUGAUACUUUGCUAUAUAAAAACAAGACAUAUUUCAAAUGUUAAUAUAAAAAAAAAGAUGUGAGAAAAAGUUUAUUUUGUCCCGAGUUUCAAUAAUGCCUGAGGAGUAGGCCCGUAUAAAAAUGAAGAAAUAACCUUA